AUGGAUUUAAAUGAGAUUACACAAUCCAUCAACAACAUUGAAAUGAUUCAAUUGCUACCAAUCCACAACUCAUCAUCAAUUGAUCAUGAACCCGCCCUUCUGCCCGUGCCAUCGAUUCACGAACGGAGUUCCUUGGAGAUGAUGAGGGAGAUGAUUUUUCAUAUAGCGAUGAUGCAGCCCAACAAAAUUGAUCCGGAAUCAGUGAAACCACCUAAGAGAAAGAACGUGAAGAUAUCAAAGGAUCCACAGAGCGUUGCAGCCAGACAUCGGAGAGAAAAAAUAAGUCAAAAGAUAAGGAUUCUUCAAAGACUUGUUCCUGGAGGAACCAAAAUGGACACAGCUUCUAUGUUAGAUGAGGCUGUCCAUUAUGUUAAGUUUCUUAAGAAACAACUAAAAUUGUUAAAGCAAGCAAUUGCUUGCUCUAACGAUAAUAAUAAGAAGGGUUAA